AUGGCCGACAUUAAGGAGGAGAUCGUGACGACUAAGGACACCGGGCCUGCCACCAUCAAAUUCCCGAUGCUAACUUCCUCAAACUACACUAUCUGGUCGAUGAGAAUGAAGAUUGCGCUUAAAUUCAGUGAAGUUUGGGAAACUAUAGACCCAGGAACAAAAGAUGAGAAGAAAAAUAACAUGGCUAUUGCAUUUUUGUUUCAAUCCAUACCAGAAGCUUUGAUCUUACAAGUAGGCGAUAUAGAUACAGCAAAGGGAGUAUGGGAUGCGAUAAAGGCGAGACAUGUUGGAGCUGAAAGGGUAAAGGAAGCUAGGUUACAAACCCUAAUGGCGGACUUCGAUAGGCUCAAGAUGAAGGAUAAAGAUACAAUCGAUUCCUUUGCUGGCAAGCUAUCCGAAAUCUCUUCUAAAUCUGCUUUUCUAGGCGAGAUAAUAGAAGAACCAAAGCUGGUUAAAAAAUUCUUGAAGAGCUUGCCAAGGAAGAAGUUUAUUCAUAUUGUUGCAUCUCUUGAGCAAGUUCUUGAUCUCAACACAACAAGCUUUGAGGAAAUUAUCAGACGGUUAAAGGCGUAUGAAGAAAGAGUCACCGAAGAGGAAGAAGCAAUCGAUGGCUCCGAAAAAUUGAUGUAUGCUAACUCAGACUCGAGCACUGAAAGCUAUGGAACGAACAGCCGUGGUCGAGGACGUGGCGGUCGAUCAAAAUGGAGAGGAAGAGUCCUAAAGCUUCAAGAGACCGUUGAGAAAAGGGAUGAUGACACACACGAGGCUGACGCUCUCAUGAUGAAUGAAGUCGUAUAUUUAAAUGAGAGGAAGGUGAAUCCAAAGAAGUUUGAGGCUGAAUCAGAUACGGUAGACGUGUGGUAUCUUGAUAAUGGCGCCAGUAACCACAUGAGUGGUAACCGCAUGUUCUUCUGCGAACUAGAUGAUACCGUCACUGGAAAAGUGCAGUUUGGUGAUGACUCGAAGAUUGACACAAUGGGUAAAGGCUCGAUUUAUUUUAUCACCAAAGGAGGUGAAAAGAAAGUGUUAAAUAAUAUUUACUACAUACCAGCCUUGCGUAGUAACAUUGUGAGCUUGGGAAAAGCUACGGAAGUCGGGUGUGAGGUACGUAAGAAGGAAGACACUCUAAGUCUAUUCGAUUAA